AUGUAUUUGCACAUAUACGUGGUAAAAGAAGGAGAAAAGCCAAAGGGAAAAGGACAAAAAAGUGGGGUGCUCUUCUUUCUCUCUAAGGGAAACGGACGAAGCCUCGCUGCCCACCGACGCCAGCUACCUCGCCACUCCAGCCCUCGUCCGGUUGCUGAGCACUGCCGCGCACAGUCCUUCCCGGCCGGUCUACGUAACUCCCCUGCCUGGCCGAGUCCCUGCUGCACUACAUCAGUGCCUUCGCUCCUGCUCGUCAUCGUCCUGGCAGCCGCAUCAACGACAGCUCUUGCCCAGCAAACUGCUCGGUCCAGUGAAUUCCAGACGUUCUCAACGAGAACCAAAGCCGUCAAAGCUCCAGAUCAGCAAGCUUCAAGCGUUCUCUGCACCCGCCUUGACGAUCCAGUGGCUCCAGUUGCGCUGGAGGACACCAGCAGCCGCUUUGGUGUGUCACAGUCCCUUGGUGAGUUUCCUCGACGAUUCCAGGUUGCUGUAACGCUUUUUGCAGCAAGUUUCCAGCAACCUCGGAUUUGUCUCUCCCCCGUGACUGACCGGAACACUCCGCCUGCAUCACCGAGCCACAUUGUCACAGCACUUUGCUGCACAGUCACCGAGUAUACAACAGUGAUUGGUUUUAAGGUGAAUUCCAGGCGAUUAUCAAUCCAAUGCUACGUCCUCAACACCCUCGGUACCCUUGCAAAAAUUUCAAAGAAGUCGACGCCUCUCCCGACGCACAGAGCAACUCUGUCGCCGUUUCCAGAAAGCUAUCUUGCCACGUCCGGAGUUUUCCCUCACCUUUGGGUAGCUGAGAGACCCCAUCGUCGAUCCUUGUUUGUUCGUUGUCUACCACCGCGAGCACCAGCAGUACGAAAUAAUCCGAUCAGAAUUCAUUUUGAUAUUAUCACAAUCUGACCUGAAUAUUUUUUAGAUUUUAGGCAUUAUCUAAGUAGAGUUUUAUUAGGAAAAAUCACAAUAAUCACUAAUUUGAUCCGCAAGACCUCAGAUCAUUUUUUGAUUAUUUUGAUUUUUCUUUGUUGUCGGUGAUGCUUUAUAAAGAUUUUGCUAAUUGUUAAUUUAAGUCGUGAGACGAUGGAUUAUUUAAUCAAUUAUCUUAAUCUUUAUUUCAAAUCUUGACGAAUAUCUUGAGGUGGGUUGGAUAUGUUUCUUAUCUUGAAUUUAGAUAGUUUUCCUACUUUGAAUAGAUAGAUUUAUUUUCUAGAUUAGAUUGCAUGCUAAGAUAAUAACUAUCUAAUCAGGAUAAGUUUCCAAAAAAUAGGAUUUAAAUUAAAUUAUUUCCUGGUUUGAGUAGGAUAACUUUUCACGUUGGGUAGUUAGUUUUAAUUAUUUAUUUAUUAGGAAUUUUAAUAGAAAAUCAUAAAAAUAAACAUGUGCUUGUCAUAUAGAAUUAGUUGCAUAAAUU